AUUUACGUUCAAACAUUCAAACAGAAGGGAUGAUGAGAAUUUUGAGAACUGUGUGUGGGAUGAAAGAAUGCAGUCUUCUUCAGUUCUCGUUCUUAGCUUUGAGAGACUAUUGGUUCAUUCUAUGAUGUCGCGAUACUAGCGUGGCCAAUUGCAGCACAGCAUCACCAAGUCAAAUCGAAUAUUUUGGAGUGAAGCUUCCAGAGUUGUGCUGCCUUGGAUCGGACGGGCUUUGUCUUCGCGUUGCAGGAUAAGAAAGACUACAGAAGAAAAUCUUCAUUGAUUUGAGUCUUCACAAUGGAUAAUGUCGCAGUUUCAAGACGAAACCACACCUAUAAGGAAGGAAACAAGGAAAACGCCCAGCCUGCACAUUGCAGUAAGUCCACGAGGUUGACGUCUCGAGAAGCUCUGAAAAAGGCAAAGACUGUACAGAAAGAAAGGAACGGAGCUGCUGCUGAUGUCAAACUGCGACAAACUCAUAGCCGGUGCUUCCUCACGGAACAGGCUGGGAAACACAAGAACAUGGUUGCAGAAGCUCCCAAGCCGCCGUCAUCAAAGCCUGCUCCUGGCAUGUACAAAGGCAAGAUUGUCCAGUCAAAAAUAGGAUCCAUGUGGAAGUCCACGGCCACCGUGGGCGGGGCAGAUCCCAAACCACCAGCACCCAAAGCAGAGGUCCAAAGGGUCGCGAAGGUGACAAAACGCAGGUCCGUGUCUGUCACUGACCUGCCUGUGCACGUCGCACAGAAUCCUGCGGCAACAAGGACCAAGUCUGUGUCGGACGAACCUGCUCAGGUGUCCAAGCGUCCCGCCACCAGCUUUCCUCGUGCUGGGUUGUACAGCGCUCGCCCUGCUACCAGAACCGUCCCAGCAACACUAACCAGAAACACUAAGGUGGCUCCCGCCAAGGGAAGUGGGGCUCUAAACGCUAAGUCAAAGUUUCCAGUGACAGAUAAGAAGGUCAACAAACCUCCUGUAUCAAAUGUCCUCAGUCAGUACAGAUUCACCAUGGAGACCGCCGAGGAAAGAAGAGCGAAACUGGCCGAGUGGCUAGCCUCCAAGGGCAAGACUUUCAAGAGACCCGCCAUGACAACAGCAGAGCCCUCUAAAACCAAAGUCUCUGCAAAACCCGAAGCUGAUCCCAAACCGCAGUCUUGUGUCGAGCCUCAGCCUGCUGCGCAGUGCAACCCUGAACCCAGACUGGAAGCACCCGAGCCGGACUCUGCUGCCGCCGCCCACUGGUCCAGGUCAACACACUCCAGCCAAACUCCAGCGAUCGUGAACACCACGCUGGACCUACUCGGUAACUCUGAUGCCGAUCAGGACAGUAUGGAUGAUAUUGUGGUGAACCUGUGUGAAGCUUUGGACGCCUUCACAUACGACGAUGAGCUCCCGCAGGUGACGGAUGUGUGCAGUAAUGUUGAAAUGGAGGACGGUAAACUGACGGAUGAAUGCACAAAAGAGGAGCAAAAGAAGGACAUGCACGAGGAGGGCGAGCAGCCAAAGGUUGAGCAAGUGAAGGAUGAAGUAGAAGAAAGUAAUGGCAAGAUAGUGGAGACAGAUGAGGAAGUAGAAAGCGAUGAUGAUGAUGGUGUGAUGGAGACCACGCCACAGAUGGAGCAUGCUUCAGUAAUAAAGUACAGUGUGAAGACUACUCCAUACCUGCAAAGUGUGAAGAAGGCAAUUGAAGAAGAGGCCAGCACAAGCACAUCCAGGAGAAAGAGCAACAUCAAAGAUCUGAAGUUUCUGACCCCAGUGCGCCGUUCCUGCCGCAUCCAGCGCACAUCGUCCCGCCUGCCGGCGAUGCUGGCCGACCACGACCCCUGCGUGUCCUCGCUGGCAGAGCUGGGGCAGCUGGAUGACGACACCGCUGCCAACGCCUACAUCUACAGAAAAAACCACGCGCUUCUGGAAGAUGUGCCAGAUCAGCCCAAACUGUGAGGACCUCUGUACA